AUGUCGUGGCAAGGAUAUGUUGAUAAUAAUCUUGUUGGCACAGGGAAGAUAGCUUCCGCUGCUAUAUAUGGACAUGAUGGGUCGGCUUGGGCAACGUCGCCUGAUUUCAGCUUAAAGCCAGCCGAGUUUCGUGCUCUUUUUGAUGGCUUCAAGGAUGAAAAUUCACCACUCUUUGGGACUGGAAUCCGUGCGAAUGCAGUAAAAUACUAUACUUUGAGGGCUGAUAGUCGUAGUUGCUAUGGAAAACUGGGAAAUGAUGGUGUUGUUGCCGUCAAGACAAAACAGGCUGUAUUGAUCGGCACUUAUAAGGAACCUACACAGCCUGGGGAAGCAACCGUCAUUGUUGAAAACUUAGCUGACUAUUUGAUCGGAGUAGGCUAUGUCAGUAACAACUCUAACCGCUCGUUAUCUGCUUGA